AUGGGCGCUCUCCAUGGCCUCCGAAAUGCCGGCUCCUCCGCAUGCCGCUUCCUCGCCGCCUUCGCCGUCCUCCUCGCCUUGCCGACGCUCACCGCCGGCGCCGUCACCCGUCACUACACGUUCAAUGUGCAAAUGACGAACGUGACGCGGCUGUGCGUGACCAAGAGCAUCCCGACGGUGAACGGGCAGUUCCCGGGGCCGAAGCUUGUCGCCAGGGAAGGCGACCGCCUCGUGGUAAAGGUGCACAACCACAUGAGCUACAACGUCUCGUUCCACUGGCACGGGAUCCGGCAGGUGCGGAACGGGUGGGCGGACGGGCCGUCGUACAUCACGCAGUGCCCGAUCCAGCCCGGCGGCAGCUACGCGUACGACUUCGCCGUCACCGGGCAGCGCGGCACGCUGUGGUGGCACGCGCACUUCUCCUGGCUGCGCGUGCACCUCUACGGCCCGCUCGUCAUCCUCCCCAGGCGCGGCGAGGGCUACCCGUUCCCUCGCCCCUACAAGGAGCUGCCUCCCAUCAUGCUCGGUGAGUGGUUCAACGCGGACACGGAGGCCGUCAUCAACCAGGCCUUGCAGACAGGAGGAGGGCCUAAUGUCUCGGACGCCUACACUUUCAAUGGGCUUCCUGGCCCAACUUAUAACUGCUCCUCCAAAGACACGUACAAGCUGAAGGUGCAACCUGGGAGAAUGUACCUGCUCCGGCUGAUCAACUCGGCGCUCAACGACGAGCUCUUCUUCGGCAUCGCCAACCACACGCUCACCGUCGUCGAGGCGGACGCCAACUACGUCAAGCCGUUUACCACCAAGACGCUCGUCAUCUCGCCGGGGCAGACGAUGAACGUGCUCCUCACCACGGCACCCAACCCGGGGUCCCUGGCCUACGCCAUGGCCAUCGCGCCGUACACCAACACACAGGGAACGUUCGACAACACCACCGCCGCGGCCGUCCUCGAGUACGCCCCGACGCCGGCGAGCGCCACGGGGAGCCUCCCCUUCUUGCCGGCCCUGCCGCUGUACAACGACACCAACGCGGUGUCCGACUUCUCGAGCAGGUUCCGCAGCCUCGCGAGCGCGCGGUACCCGGCGCGGGUGCCGCUGGCCGUCGACCGCCGCGUGCUGUUCACCGUCGGCCUCGGCACGGACCCGUGCCCGUCCAACCAGACGUGCCAGGGCCCGAACGGCACCAAGUUCGCCGCGUCCAUGAACAACAACUCCUUCGUCCGCCCCAGGGUCGCGCUCCUCGAGGCGCACUACCAGCGCCGGUACGCCGGCGUGCUCACGGCCAACUUCCCCACGACGCCGCCGCACCCGUUCAACUACACCGGCGCGCCGCCCAACAGCACGUUCGUGACGCACGGCACGAGGGUGGUGCCGCUCAAGUUCAACACGUCGGUGGAGCUGGUGCUGCAGGGCACGAGCAUCCAGGGCGCCGAGAGCCACCCCUUGCACAUGCACGGCUUCAACUUCUUCGUGGUCGGCCAAGGAUUCGGCAACUACGACCCCGUGAGCGACCCGGCCAUGUACAACCUCGUCGACCCCGUCGAACGCAACACCGUCAGCGUGCCCACCGCCGGCUGGGUCGCCGUCCGGUUCCUCGCCGACAAUCCCGGGGUGUGGCUCAUGCACUGUCACUUCGACGUGCACCUGAGCUGGGGCCUGUCCAUGGCGUGGCUGGUCAACGACGGCCCUCUGCCGAGUCAGAAGAUGUUGCCGCCACCGUCCGAUCUUCCCCAGUGCUAAUGGCAGAUUAUUUGCGAAAUGUUUUGCCGUGUGCCUUCGCAUUCCGUUGUGUUUGACCUUACAGAACUGUUUGAUUUGGACCGACUCAAUUUUAACUGGUGUGCCGAUUUUGUGGCAAUGUUUGAGGGUUUUGCACCCGCGCUUAAUUCCUCUUUCGAAACAGAAUAAGAUGUAAUAAGAACUCGGUUCUGUUGGUUUUUUUGUUUUUGGUCGUGGACAUUUGUUGUUGGUGUGUGGACGGUCAAACCAUAUAUAAUGUACCAGCAG